GGCACCGAGGAGGAGGAGGAGGAGGAGGAAGAAGAAGAAGAGAAACAAGAGGUCCGAGCUUCCAGCGAGUUUCGGCCUCCCGGUUGGACCAUUCCCCGACGCCGAACGCGAGGAGCGCUCAUCUCAUCUCGGACGAGAACACCCUCUUGACAAAAUGGGGCUGACGAUCUCGACGAUGUUUGCCAGGCUCUUCGGCAAGAAGCAGAUGAGAAUCCUGAUGGUGGGCUUGGACGCAGCUGGCAAAACCACCAUUUUGUACAAACUCAAGCUGGGGGAGGUCGUCACCACCAUUCCCACCAUCGGCUUCAACGUGGAGACGGUGGAAUACAAGAACAUCUGCUUCACCGUUUGGGAUGUUGGCGGCCAGGACAAGAUUCGACCUCUCUGGAGACACUACUUCCAGAACACGCAGGGUCUGAUCUUCGUGGUGGACAGCAACGACCGAGAGCGAAUAGCGGAAUCGGCCGAGGAGCUUUCAAAGAUGGUCCAGGAGGACGACCUGAAGGACGCCGUGCUGCUGGUGUUUGCCAACAAGCAGGAUCUUCCCAACGCCAUGGCUGCCAGCGAACUCACCAAGAAACUGGGCCUGAACGACAUGCGCAGCCGCACCUGGUACGUGCAGGCCACCUGCGCCACUCAGGGGACGGGGCUCUACGAGGGCCUCGACUGGCUGUCCAACGAGCUCGCCAAGCACUAGACGGCGUCCGGCGAACCCAAAGUGGCGGGAGGGAAGGGAGGCGUGGAAUUUCACAGGACUGUUUCUUCUUCUUCUUCUUCUUUUUUUUUUUUAAAUUAUAAACGUGUCAGCGGGAGGCAACUUCUCAGACUCUC